CUCGUCUAGUGUUUACGGCGCGCUUUCACUCUUAUUGCGCGGCUCGUCUAGUGUUUACGGCGCGCCUUCACUAUUAUUGUCAACAGCAAAGCAGAUGCUAACCAGCGGCGGGGCGAAAUGAUUUGCUUCAAUCCUCUUAUCGCACUAAACGUAAAUAUAGCUUGGUCAGACUCGUGUGAGAUGCCAUGUAGUCAUAUUACUCGCCGCGGCAGCUAACCUACAGUUGAAUCUGAAUUCUGAGUUUUCAGAGUGAAGGAGAUAUGUCUAAUUGUAGCCAGCUGAGCGUCCGGCAUUGGACCACCAAGCACGUAGCCAAGUGGCUGAAGGACGAGGGCUUCUGCCACUAUGUAGACCUACUGUGCAACAAGCACCGUCUGGACGGCAUGUCCUUACUCACCCUCAGCGAGUACGACCUCCGCUCUCCCCCGCUGGAGCUCAAGGUGCUGGGGGACAUCAAGAGGCUGAUGGUGUCCCUCCGCAAGCUGCAGAAACAAAACCUGGAUAUCCUGGAGGAGCUGGGGGUCCCGUUUGAAGGACACUCCCCUCAGGGUGGUGGUGGGGACUGGCACUGCAAUGGGGACUCCAGCAGAGAGUGUGAUAACUCUAACAUAGACACUGCACCGGUUGGAGAGCAGUAUCUUCAGUAUAGGAAUGGGAAGUACAAGCAUGGAGGGAGCAGGAGGCUGGACCCUGAGUACUGGAAGACGGCGCUUAGUGCCAUCUAUGUGGUGUUUGUUUUCGGAUUUACCUCUUUUGUCAUGGUGAUCGUGCACGAGAGGGUGCCGGACAUGCGCACUUACCCACCCUUGCCAGACAUUUUCUUAGACAGUGUACCUAGAAUACCAUGGGCCUUUGCCAUGGCAGAGGCAUGUGGACUGAUCCUGUGUAAUAUCUGGCUGCUAGUUCUGCUGCUGCACAAGCACAGGUCGAUUCUGCUGCGGCGCCUGUGCAGCCUCAUGGGGACAGUGUUCAUGCUGCGUUGCAUCACCAUGUUUGUGACCUCCCUGUCAGUGCCAGGACAGCACCUGCAGUGCUCAGGAAAGAUGUAUGGUGAUAUGUGGGCCAAACUGCAUCGAGCUCUGGCCAUAUGGAGUGGAUUUGGAAUGUCCCUCACAGGUGUCCAUACAUGUGGGGACUACAUGUUCAGCGGUCACACGGUGGUAAUCACCAUGCUCAACUUCUUUGUGACAGAAUACACCCCGAGGGGUUGGAACUUCAUCCACACCUUGUCCUGGGUCCUGAACUUGUUUGGCAUCUUCUUCAUCCUGGCGGCCCAUGAGCACUACUCCAUCGACGUCUUCAUAGCCUUCUACAUCACCACCAGGCUGUUCCUGUACUACCACACGCUGGCUAACACCAGGGCGUACCAGCAGAGUCGCAGGGCCCGCAUCUGGUUCCCCAUGUUCUCCUUCUUCGAAUGCAACGUCAACGGCCCCGUGCCCAAUGAGUACGGCUGGCCCUUCUCCAAACCCGCCAUGAUCAGGAGCAUGAUUGGGUACUAGGUGGUAGAGGACGUUGAUCUCUUCCAGUCGACACUACUGUUCAGUAUGCUGCCCUCUCCAAGGAGUUGCAAACUGUGGUUGUGUGAUAUUGACUUUAUUAUUCCAAUAUCUGCAGAGACUGCUAACUGAGAUGGCUUGUAGGAUCCUAUCGGUGCCAUGGUGUGACAGGGUACCUGAGAGACUUGACUACUCAUAUUUCUGUGACAUAGCGUUUGGCUGGCGUCCCACUGGCUAUAAGGUGAAUGCACCAAUUUGUAAGUCGCUCUGGAUAAGAGAGUCUGCUAAAUGACGUAAAUGUAAAUGUUUGUCCAACAGCAGCCUGUUGAAAGGGAUUAAACUAAGUAUGUAUCCAAAAUGGCACCCUAUUCCCUUUAUAGUGCACUACUUUUGACCAGAAUCCUAUGGCCUCUCGUCAAAAGUAAUGCACUACAUAGGGAAUAGGGUGCCAUUUUGGACGCAUACUAAAGAAUCAUCCUAUCCUCUCCACUUCCUUUGAAUAGCGAUGAGAUUUCUGAAGAUAUUUCCCACACAUUUUACAUUUUAGUCAUUUAGCAGAAGCUCUUAUCCAGAGCGACUUACAGGAGCAAUUAGGGUUAAGUGC